CGCCCUCACCCCGCGGAAGUGAAACAAAACAGGGUCGGGGUGGGGGGUGAUUACAGGCCGGUCAAGAUGGCGGCGCCUAGGAAGUCGUGCUGAGGGGAAUGAAGGGCAGGGUGAUCUUCGGGCUUCCUUCUCUGCCCCAUCCAUGCCGCGUCUUGCUUUGCACUCUCGCCGGCCCAGAGAGGCAAUAAAGGAACUCAAGAGAGUCCCUGUUCUGGGGCUGUGAGGCGUGGCCGGGCGACAACGUGGAAGGAAUAUUUUUCCAGCAUUUUCAAGAAGAAAGCCAUGCAGCAAGUGCCUUGCAAGUUUAUAUUAUUUCUCAGAGUCACCAAAGAAAAAAGGAUUACAUUUCAAAAGUUAAACUUCCUGAAGCAAAGGUAUGUAACAGAUCAUAGUAAAGGACUCUUCCAGCAAGCAAAGCUGAAACCAGAAUCAGUGACACCACCUUGCUUUGAAGGACAGCCAGAAUCAGCUGCACCACCUUGCUGUGAAAGACAGCAUUCAGUUCAGGAAGAAAUAGUAGGCCAUGUUGUGCCGUCAGUUUCACCUCUUCUUCCACCUUUGUCUGACAAACCAACGGUUAAUGAAAGUAAAGUAUGGAGGUCCACAGCAAUCACUGACAGCACAGACAUUGUAGUGAGACCUGCAUCCAAGGAAGAGAAGCAGUGGAAAGAGAUGAAGAUUGAGCUGGAUAGCUUACCAGGCAUUUUGGCUCGUUUGUCCAAAAUCAAACUCACAGCCCUGGUUGUAAGUACUGCGUCAGCUGGAUUUGCAAUGGCACCAGUGCCGUUUGACGUAACCUGUUUCCUGCUUGCCUCCCUUGGAACUGGCCUUGCAUCGUGUGCUGCUAAUAUAAUCAACCAG